CCCCCUCUUCCCGGCAUUCCUGUUUCCGCCUUCUUAGUGCGCUCUGGGUUCUGCACCACUGAGGUGUUUCGCGCCCGGGGCUUCAGUGACGCCAUCGCUCUGCGCCGCGCAGACACCCGCCGGUAGAGAGGGAGCAAUUCCGUCGCCCUUCGCCUCUUUUGUUGGCCUGCUGCUCCUUCCGAAUCAUGGCGCCAUCGCUAUGGAAGGGGCUAGUAGGCAUCGGCCUCUUUGCCCUGGCACACGCCGCCUUUUCCGCUGCGCAGCAUCGUUCUUAUAUGCGAUUAACAGAAAAAGAAGAUGAAUCACUGCCAAUAGAUAUAGUUCUUCAGACACUUCUGGCCUUUGCAGUUACCUGUUAUGGUAUAGUUCAUAUUGCAGGGGAGUUUAAAGACAUGGAUGCUACUUCAGAACUGAAGAAUAAGACAUUUGAUACUUUAAGGAAUCACCCGUCCUUUUAUGUAUUUAAUCAUCGUGGUCGUGUACUCUUCCGGCCUUCGGAUACAACAAAUUCUUCAAACCAAGAUACGUUACCCUCUAACACAUCAUUGAAGUUACGAAAACUCGAUUCACUGCGCCGUUAAGAUUUUUACAAAUUGUAAUAUCAGAACAGGACAGGACAGGACACAGAGCUGAAUGUUGGAGUUUGGGGUGUGAAACACUCCCCCAUCAGUAUUUAUAUUGACCUUUCAGACCUAAUUUAAAAAAAAGAAUCUAUGCCCCCAUUUGUACACUGUUAAUGAGAUUGUUAAUGAAGUAUAUUUUAUCUGUGAAAUGAGUCUUUGGUCUUUCGUAUAGGGAAUUUUUUUCAUUUGAAACAAACAUGCAUCUUUUGUAAAAGUCACUGUUUUGAGCAUAUGAAAAAUGAUGGUGGUUUUUGCGAUUAUUUAUUUUCCUAGGUUUGUUUUGCACUACCAUACUUAGGAAUCUCUCUUUUCUUUUUUUUUUUUGGAGAUACUAUGUGACUACUGCAUUUUGCAGCCUGAAUUACAAUAAAAUGGUCUUCAGUUCUUUUCAAAUUCUGAGAUGAUGACGUCUCUUUUUUUCUUAUGGCCCCAAAAAGUGGUUGUUCUUCCACAGAUAUUUGCCAGUUUUUAAUUUACCCAUGACUUGUCACCCCACCCUGCUCCCAUAUGCUUUCUAACAUCUGCUGUCUUGUUUGAUCACUUCUCUGAGAUCAUUUGCAGUGAGCAAUUUUUGUGUCAGAAACUCUGUCAUAGCAAAUAUAUUUAACAAGCUCAGCUUGCUCUAAAGCUACUUGUGUUCUCUGCGGUUAGCUGUAAAAACCUUCCCCGAUUAUAUAGUGUUAAGAAUAGUGGAAGAUGACUAAAAAGUCAUUUGUGAUUUCAUUAUCCUGCCUAUGUAGAAGAAUAGUAAUUAAUGAGGAAAAGUGAUUAAGCCAGUUUAACUUCUUUAAAGUCUGUGUUAGUGUAUUUAAUACUAAGAUAGUAAAUUAGUGAAAAUAAAGGAAACUUCUCCUUAACCUUAAGGCAGAUGUAAAGGAAUUGGCCAAAUAUGUUCUAAAUAUUUGGGAUUAAUAUAUUCAAUUUGUUUAGAAAAUUAAGGUCAUUUAAGAAAUUCUUGUGUAGCUUCUGAUUUAUAGCAGGCUUUCCAUUUUCCAUCUUCCCUGCAUGGUGCUGAAGGUGAAGAUGAGGAUACAGAGUUGAAUUUUUUCAGAAACAGUAAUUUUACUCUUAGAGAAAUUUGGCUAUCUCUUUGAGCCAAAAAUCAAAACAAAACAAAACCUGCAGGAAGCUUGAGUUAAUUUUUUUAGAAAACAUUGCUUUUGCUAAAUUGUGCCAGUAUAAAAACAUUACUUUUGUUGAAUUGUAUAGGCGUAAAGGGAAUAACUGUGCAGGUUUUAAAAGGAAAUAUGCUUUGGGCAAGAGUCAUAUGAUGCCCAUAUACUUGAUGACAUUUUUUAAUUAGAAGUGAAUCUCAGCUCUUCUGUCCUGCCUGGUAAUGCACAGCCCCAAAGGACAAGAUCAUUUUGUCAUCGGAUUUCUAUUCUUUUUGUUUACCAGUCCAAUCCGUGGAACACUGACUCUGCUCUCUAAUGAGAACAAAGUUAGAAUAUGUUGGUAACGUAAAAUAAGUUAGUAAUGUGUUAAAAAUGUGAAGUCAGGGAUUAUAGUGAUAAUAAUGAAGUCAAAAUACUGUGCGAAAAACCAGCCUCUUUUAUCAGGCUCAUCUAUCGUUUCCUCAGGUACGACUUGAUUUGGGAGAGCCUCUUGUUUUCUUCUCUUUUGAGGCUGUCUUCCUUUCCCAAUAUGUUUUACAGUACUGUUCCUGACAUAUAAUUUACAUAGCUUGCAAUUCACCUAUUUAAUGGGUACAGUUAGUGAUAUUUAUAUUCACGGGGUUGUGCAACCAUGAGCACAGUCAAAUUUUUAGGAUAUUACAUUACCCCAAAAGGAGCUCUGAACCCUGUAGCAGUUGCCUCUUAUUUUCUUCCAGAACCCACCCCCAGCCCUAGGCAACCACUUCUUUCUUUUUUUAUAGUUCUGCCUAUUCUGAUUAUUUAAUAUAAGUGGAUUCAUAUCUAAUAUUUGGUGACUGACUACCCAAAUAGAGUUUUCUGUAUGAAAUGAAAAGUUCUCAUCUUGAGAACUUAUUACGGUGAAAGGAAGUGUUUGGUAAACCAGCAAAUUUAAAGAGGGAGGGGCAGAUACCUAAUAAAUAGGUUUCUGAGUUAAUCUGAUGCUGAAUAGCUUUUCCUCAUAGCCAAGCAAUCAUGAUAUACUACUGCUUAUGAUAUCUUGGAUAGUUUCUAGAACAGGUAUUGAAAUCUCUCUUUUUCUGCCCAGUCAGGAAAAUCCUGCUAAAAAUGAUGCCAAAUAAUUUGGCAAAAAAUUGACAUAGCAGUCUUCAGGUAUGUGUAACUUUGCUAGCAGCUUGUAUACCUCGGGCCAGGUGAGCGCCCCAAAUUUCUUCUGACAUGUACACCAGUGUAUUUCUGUUGUCUGUUUCAAGUAUGUACAGUAGAACUGAAGGUGAUUUGAGUGCAUUGUAACAGUGCUAAAUCUAUCAAGUAUGGAAUUUUACUUACAGCACUAUGAAAUAGUCCAUUACUGCCUAGGGUAGUUAAAAAAAUAUAUAGUGAUAUGAACUAAUUAAGCCUGCAGUUGACUCUGAUUUCAGUAACAGUUCAGAAGUGUGAAAAGUGCACCAAACAAAGUUCUCCAGAAUAUAGCAAGACUUUUUAAUAAUCAGGGAACUAGCUAAAUUCUAUGGGCUAGUGGCCCAGCAGCAGAAAAUGCAGAUCAGUGAAUCAGAGGCAUUUGCUCUGUAACUCCCUACUAAUUAAUUGUUUCCAAGCAUUGUGGCUUAUUUUUGAGUGGCAUGACAGCUUCUUCCUGGUUAUAUGUGGCCUGUUUCCCUGAUGUAUUGAGUAGUGUUGUUUGUUGUGAACAUCGGUGCCUGUAACACCAAGCUAAACACAUUUCUUUGGAUUUGUUUCCUCUCUUCAAAUAAUCUUUCCCUGUGUAAUAAAUAAAUGAUUGUCUC